AUGUGUUGGAAGUGUUCUGAUGACCCAGCUUCUCCUAGUUCUACAAGUGUAGGCUCUGCUGGAAGAAGUCCUGCCAAGGCUACUGCUCCUAGAUCAAUUUCUGGAAGUUCUAUCAGGCAAAGAAAAUCCACUACAUCUACUGCAUCAUCCAGAAGUAGAAAUGCAGGUGCUAACAGUGGUGGAAUGUGGCGAUUUUACACUGAUGAUUCUCCAGGAAUCAAAGUGGGUCCAGUUCCAGUUUUAGUGAUGUCAUUAUUGUUUAUCGCUUCAGUUUUUAUGCUUCACAUUUGGGGAAAAUAUACCAGAUCAUAA